AUGUUGAAAGAUCUCUUGCUGAAAUUCAUUUCCUUUGCUCUGAGAAGUCUUGAUCGUGUCUUGUUUUUUAUCUUGCGCUUGGUCUUUGGUAGAUCCAUUCUUCCCGAGGAUCUCAGUGGAGCAUACGAUCAUUUGAAAUCCUUCUCGGUGGAAGUGGAUGAUCCAAACUAUAGGAAGGGAGUUGAAACGAAACCACGACGACGUGUGGGUUUUGAGAAGGAAUUGAUGUCUACACCAAUGAAGGGUAUUGAUACUUUGAAUGGAUUGUUGGAUCAUGUGGCUAGAGAGUAUCCGAAUUUACCCAUGUUAGGUUAUCGUCCUUUCAAGAGAAAGUUUACACAAAAUAUUGAUGGCAAGGAUUGGGAAGUGUUUGAAAUGGGUGAUGUGGUCUAUGAAACCUAUCAACAGGUUCAUACAAGAAUUGAGAAUCUUGCUCGUGGUAUCGCUCGUUUCACUGGAUUAAAUUCAAAGGAUUUGUUUGGUAUCUUUGAGGAGACUCGUAAAGAAUGGCUCAUGACACUCCAUGCUUGUAUGAGAUAUAAUAUUACUGUGAUGACAGUGUAUGCCACACUUGGUGAUGAGAGUCUCAUUGAAGCAAUUAAUGAAUGUCAACUUCAAGCCAUGUUGGUCAAUGAGCAUAAUUUGAAGAAAUUAUGUCAUCAAAUUAUUCCGCACACUCCUACAUUGAAGUACUUGAUUUUCACUUCGGGAUGGGAUGCUUCCAAGGAAGAAACUGAAAAGUGGGUCUUGGAAUUGGAAAAACUUGGUGUGAAGGCAAUGUCCUUUGAGGAGGUUGAACAACUCGGAAAGCAAGAAACAUGUCCAAUCAAAGUCAAGGAGCCACAAACCAAUUCUAGUUUGGCUGUCGUCAUGUACACAAGUGGUACAACAUCAAAACCAAAGGGUGUCAUGUUGACUGUUAGAAAUAUUUUGGCAAUUUCUGCUGCUGCUGGUGAAAACAUUCAUUGCCCAUCCUUACGUAAUCCAACUUAUAUUGGUUACUUGCCACUUGCUCACAUUUUGGAAAUGGCUGCUGAGCACUACAUUUUGAGCAGAGGAGGUAAAAUUGGUUACGGAAAUCCACGUACUCUUACUGACAAGACCUGCAAACCUGUUGGUGAUUUAGAGGCAAUCCAACCCAUCUUUUUGGCAGGUGUUCCAAGAGUAUAUGACACCAUUCGAAAGGGUAUCUCUGAAAAGGUUAAGACAAGCUCACCAAUCAUUCAAUGGCUCUUUAAGGUUGCUUAUGAUCACAAACUUGAAUCACUCUAUGCAGGAAGAGACACUCCAUUAUUCAACUUCCUAAUUUUCCGAAAGAUUGCAAAGGCAACUGGUGGUAAAUUGAGGGCAUGUCUUUCAGGUGGAGCUCCUCUUUCGAAGGAAUCACAAGAACACUUUAGAGUCUGCAUGGGAGCUGCCUUUGUGCAAGGAUAUGGACUUACUGAGACUGCAGCUGCUGGAACUAUCAUGUUACCUGGCGCCAGAUUUGCAACACGUGUGGCUGGUGUUAUUGUCCCUGCUGUUGAAAUUAAGCUCAUUUCAGUUCCAGAAAUGAAUUAUACUGUGGAUGGUCCAGUUCCAAGAGGCGAAAUUGCAAUUCGAGGUCAUGCAGUAUCUAUUGGCUAUUACAAGCAACCUGAAAAGACCAAGGAAGUUUUCUUAGAAGAUGGAUUUUUCUUGACUGGUGACGUUGGUCAAUUUAAUGAAAAUGGUACCAUCAGUAUUAUUGAUCGUGUCAAAAAUUUGGUCAAACUCAGUCACGGAGAAUACAUUGCUUUGGAAAGAUUGGAGAGUAUUUAUUGUCAAUCUCCAUUUGUUGCUCCAAAUGGUUGUAUGGUCUAUGCAAAUAGUUAUUGCAGCUUCCCAUGUGCGAUUGUUAUUGCUCAACCAGGACCAACCAAGCGUUUCGCUGAAGAAAAUGGAAUUACUGGAACCUUUUUUGAGAUUUGCAAGAAUCCAAGAGUUGAACAACAUAUUUUAAAGUCAUUACACGAACAAGCUAAAAGCUCCCAUCUCAAGAGAUAUGAAGAAGUGAAAGCUGUUAAGGUCUUUGAUGAUGUGUGGUCUCCAGAAAACGAUUUGUUAACAGCAGCGUUCAAGUUGAAGAGAGCUAACAUUGUUCAGAAAUAUCGUGCUCAAAUUGAUGAAAUGUGCAAGACUUUGAUUUAA